UCCUGCUGCUGUGCCUGCUCCACAAACGGCGCCGCGCUCUCGGCCUGCAUGGUAAGAAAAGUGGAAAACCACCAUUACAGAACAAUGAGAAAGAGGGAAAGAAAGAGCGAGCUGUGGUGGACAAAGUGUUUUUAUCAAGGCUCACACAGAUUCUGAAAAUCAUGGUCCCUAGAACAUUUUGUAAAGAGACAGGUUACUUGAUACUUAUUGCUGUUAUGCUGGUGUCUCGGACAUAUUGUGAUGUUUGGAUGAUUCAAAAUGGGACACUCAUUGAAAGUGGUAUCAUUGGUCGUAGCAGAAAAGAUUUCAAAAGAUACUUAUUCAACUUCAUCGCUGCCAUGCCUCUCAUCUCUCUGGUCAAUAACUUCUUGAAGUAUGGGCUAAAUGAACUCAAACUGUGCUUCCGAGUGAGACUCACUAAAUACCUCUAUGAGGAAUAUCUCCAAGCUUUUACGUAUUACAAAAUGGGAAAUCUGGACAACAGAAUAGCUAAUCCAGACCAGCUGCUUACACAAGAUGUAGAAAAAUUUUGUAACAGUGUAGUUGAUCUGUAUUCAAAUCUUAGUAAGCCCUUUUUAGACAUAGUUUUGUAUAUCUUCAAGUUAACGAGCGCAAUUGGAGCUCAGGGUCCAGCAAGCAUGAUGGCCUACUUGGUUAUUUCUGGUCUUUUCCUAACUCGGCUUAGGAGACCCAUUGGUAAAAUGACAAUUACUGAGCAGAAGUAUGAAGGAGAAUAUAGAUACGUAAACUCCCGACUCAUCACAAACAGUGAAGAAAUUGCCUUUUACAAUGGGAAUAAAAGAGAAAAGCAGACAAUCCACUCUGUUUUCCGGAAACUGGUGGAGCAUCUACAUAAUUUCAUUUUGUUUCGGUUCUCUAUGGGCUUCAUUGAUAGCAUAAUUGCCAAAUACCUUGCCACUGUAGUUGGUUACCUCGUUGUCAGUCGUCCUUUCCUAGAUUUGUCUCACCCUCGACAUCUUAAGAGUACACAUUCAGAACUUCUGGAGGAUUACUACCAAAGUGGAAGAAUGCUUUUGCGAAUGUCUCAAGCUCUGGGUCGAAUAGUUUUGGCUGGGCGUGAGAUGACUAGAUUGGCCGGCUUUACUGCUCGGAUCACAGAAUUAAUGCAAGUACUAAAGGACUUAAAUCAUGGCAAAUAUGAGCGCACAAUGGUCUCCCAGCAGGAAAGGGGUAUUGAAGGAGUACAAGUCAUGCCUUUGAUACCUGGUGCUGGAGAAAUCAUCAAUGCGGAUAACAUUAUCAAGUUUGAUCAUGUUCCUUUAGCAACGCCAAAUGGAGAUGUCUUAAUCCGAGACCUUAAUUUUGAAGUUCGAUCUGGGGCCAAUGUUCUCAUUUGUGGUCCAAAUGGUUGUGGAAAGAGUUCACUUUUCCGUGUUCUUGGGGAAUUAUGGCCUCUUUUUGGAGGACGUCUAACUA